AACGCCCAACGACUACUGCCGUAUAAAAAUGGAUCGUAGCUCCUAGUUCAAUCGUCAGUUACCGACAAGUUCUCAAUUCAGUCUCAAGUCGAAAAUGAACCCUUUGAUUUUGGUCACUUUUUUGGUUGCCGCCGCAUCGACCGCACCGACUAACUUGGUCAACCCGGCCGUCCCGUGUGCCCAUGGAGUCGCUGCCGUGGCCUAUGCCGCCGCUGCCCCAGUCCCUUACCCGGCUGCCCUGACCUACGCCGUCCCUGAGCCCGUCCAGGUUGCCGUUCAACCCCAAAUCACUUACGAUUUCCCCGUUCCAGUAUCUGCUCCUGCUCCAGCUCCUGCCCCAGUAGCCGUUGCGGUACCAGCACCAAUUACGGUUGAAUACGACUUCCCUGCACCAAUUGCUGCCCCAGCACCAGCACCAGUUGUUGUUGCUGCUGCUCCAGUAGCUGUUGCCGCUCCAGUCAAAAUUGAAUACGACUUCCCCGCUCCCAUUUCGGCCCCAGCACCAGCCCCAGUAGUCCCGGUUGCUGCUCCCGUUGCCCUGCCGGCACCAGUCAAGAUCGAGUACGACUUCCCUGCACCCAUCUCUGCUCCAGCUCCCGCUCCCGUACCAGUAGCUGUUGCUGCUCCAGCCCCAAUUGCUUCCGCCCGCACCGUCUCCGAAAUCACGCCCCAGGUGACCGCCCAACACCCGACCAAAGUCAACGUUGAAAAGUUCCCCGUUGAGGUGUCCGUCGCCGCUCCUGACGCCCAGCCCGUCCCAGUUCCAAUUGCUCCCGAAUACGAAAUCCACCAGAAUCACGCAGCAGCUGCCACAUCCAUUGUCUGUGUCCGUUCCCCCUGUCCCUUCUAUUAAUUUCUCAGUUGGGCAAUCAAAUAUUCUUGAUUGGGUGAGCUGUGAUGUGAUCUGUUUAUCAUCUAUACUGUUAACUCUGUGCCCGCAGACAACAACUGUCAAUGAUUUGCAUUUCAUUGUUUUGUUUUCUACUCGUUUUUUUGCACGCAAAGAACCAGUUUUACAGUUUUACUGCUGCUACCCAAGUAAACCGCACCGGUUGGCCUUGGUAACAACUAAUCAGUUGGCUGAUUCAUAUAACAAAGUGCGCUAGAAAAUAGUAUUAAACAAACAGCCAAGUCCAUUCGUUAGUCUGCCAUGUUACAUUAGUUAGCCUUCGUAGCUUAGUAGGUUUGAAACGUAUAGGAACGAUUGCCUGGCGUUAAACUCGCAUAGAAUAAUGAAUGUAUAUCUGAAUAUACUGGGUAAUCGGUAACAGCCGUGUUGUUUUAGUUUGUUGAAUAAAUAGGAGCAGAUUGUAUAAUUAGGUCAGUUUAUCAAACCUUAUGUCGUCGACUAUGUUAGUCUCCCAACACCUGAACAAACACAGAAAAGCACGGGCAUUCCUAAUUCUGCAAUAUCAAUAUUUGCGCCGUAUUAAUUCGACUGGCACACAGAGUAUACCAUCAUGUACAUAAAUACGAAGAGUAAGUAAUGAAAAUCAACAAGUAUGCCAAAAGCCUGCGCCUAAUCAACAACAUACGAAAAAAUGGAGAGAAAGACAUUGAGAAUGGUACCUUCAGCAAAAUGGUUUUAUUUUUGGGUCUGCUGGUCGUCACUUACACUGCCCCGGUCGAAUUAGACGAGAGCGACAGCCAGAAACUUAGAUUUGAAACAUACAGCGUCAAGCGGGAGGAGGAAGAAAGU